AUGUAUGAAAACAUGUCCACAAUGGUGUAUUUAAAGGAAGAGAAGUUGGAGAAGCUUACUCAAGAUGAAAUAAUUGCCAAAACUAAGCAAGUGAUUAAUGGACUAGAGGCGCUGAAGAAUGAACACAAUUCAAUUUUACAGAGCUUACUUGAAACGCUGAAAUGUUUGAAGAAAGAUGAUGAAACUAAUCUGGUUGAAGAAAAAUCAAACAUGAUUCGAAAGUCACUGGAAAUGCUGGAGCUUGGCCUUAGUGAAGCACAGGUAAUGAUGGCCUUGUCAAACCACUUAAAUGCAGUGGAAUCAGAGAAGCAGAAAUUGCGUGCUCAGGUUCGCCGGCUAUGCCAGGAAAAUCAGUGGCUACGGGAUGAGCUAGCCAAUACACAACAGAAACUACAGAAGAGUGAGCAGUCUGUGGCUCAACUGGAGGAAGAGAAAAAGCAUCUAGAAUUCAUGAAUCAGUUAAAAAAAUACGAUGAUGAUAUUUCACCAUCAGAGGAUAAAGAUACAGAUUCCACCAAAGAGCCUUUGGAUGACUUAUUUCCCAAUGAUGAAGAUGAUCAAGGACAAGGAAUUCAACAGCAGCAUAGCAGUGCAGCAGCUGCUGCCCAGCAAGGUGGCUAUGAAAUUCCAGCAAGAUUAAGGACCCUUCAUAAUCUUGUUAUUCAGUAUGCUUCCCAAGGUAGAUAUGAGGUUGCCGUGCCUCUCUGUAAACAAGCUCUUGAAGAUCUGGAGAAGACUUCGGGUCACGAUCAUCCUGAUGUUGCCACUAUGUUGAAUAUACUUGCUUUGGUGUACAGGGACCAGAACAAAUACAAAGAUGCAGCAAAUCUCCUGAACGAUGCCUUGGCUAUCCGCGAAAAGACUUUGGGCAAAGAUCAUCCAGCGGUGGCAGCAACUCUAAACAAUCUUGCAGUACUUUAUGGUAAACGGGGAAAGUACAAAGAAGCUGAACCAUUGUGUAAGCGAGCUCUGGAAAUCAGAGAAAAGGUUCUGGGGAAAGAUCACCCAGAUGUUGCCAAACAAUUGAAUAACUUGGCUUUACUGUGCCAGAACCAGGGUAAAUAUGAGGAGGUUGAAUACUACUAUCAGAGGGCACUGGAGAUUUACCAGACUAAGUUGGGACCAGAUGAUCCAAAUGUUGCAAAAACAAAGAAUAACCUGGCAUCCUGCUACCUAAAACAGGGCAAAUUUAAGCAAGCAGAAACUUUAUACAAAGAGAUUCUUACUCGCGCUCAUGAACGGGAGUUUGGCUCUGUAGAUGAUGAAAAUAAGCCUAUUUGGAUGCAUGCAGAAGAGAGGGAAGAAUGCAAAGGAAAGCAAAAAGAUGGCACAUCUUUUGGAGAAUAUGGUGGCUGGUACAAAGCUUGCAAAGUUGACAGCCCAACAGUAACAACUACCUUAAAGAACCUUGGGGCACUUUACAGGCGACAGGGCAAAUUUGAGGCUGCUGAAACAUUAGAAGAGGCAGCAAUGAGAUCUCGUAAACAGGGUCUUGACAAUGUUCAUAAACAGAGAGUUGCUGAAGUGCUGAAUGACCCUGAGAGCAUAGAAAAAAGGCGAAGCCGGGAGAGCCUCAAUGUUGAUGUGGUAAAGUACGAGAGUGGCCCUGAUGGAGGCGAGGAAGUGAGUAUGAGCGUAGAAUGGAAUGGGGAUGGCACUGGAUCUUUAAAACGCAGUGGUUCCUUUAGCAAGCUCCGUGCUUCCAUUAGACGCAGCAGUGAGAAGCUGGUUAGAAAGCUGAAGGGAGGAAGUUCACGAGACAGUGAACCAAAGAAUCCAGGCAUGAAGCGUGCCAGUUCUCUGAAUGUUCUUAACAUGGGUGGCAAGGCUACUGAAGAUCAUUUUCAAGAACGAAAUAAUUGUCUGACAGACUCAAGAGCUCUGAGUGUCAGUCAUACUGAUCUGGCGCAUUGAGAUUCUUGGACAGAAGCUAGCUAAUAUUCCUUUGUGAACAAAGAAGCACUGAGACCUUCAAAGCUUUGGUUCCUCAUCCUUACGCAUAGGAACACCUAGUUUGUAGAUCUUGUUGGGUUGUUUUUCCAAUGGACUGCUGUUUUUUCUUUUCUAAAUUUAAACACAGCAUUAGAGGGUAUUUUCUUCUAAAGGAAAACUAUAUAGAUAUAUGUUGCUCAUUGCACUGCUCCCAUUCAUGCUACUUACAUUGAUUUCAUUCAUAGAUCUGAGUAUUACAGCAGCCAAAAAAUAAGUAAAAAUACAAACAUAUUUAAAGCAUACCAAAA